AUGGUAGCCGGGAACCAUGGCCCCGAAACCAGUUAUGAAGAGCGCGCUGAACGCAAGCUCCAAGUUAUUUACUCAAAACAAACAAAGGAGCGACAAGUGUUUAUGCAAGAGCUUAAAGAGAUACGGAAGCGGCGAGAUAAGAAAAUUCUAAGAACAAUUAGGGAAUUAAUAGGUCCUCGUUGGUAUCAAGCGUUGAGCGUUCCUCAGAGAGAGGCGUUAGAUUCUCUCGAGUUCAGCAUCUACCAAGAUCUGCUAGAGGGGAAACCUGUCCGCAGCGCCGAUGUAAUGCGGAGAGUAGGCCUGUACCCGCGUCCUAAUGAAACCGAUCUUAUGAACUGCCUCUACCUUGGUAGAAAAGAUCCAAAAGAAAUGCUCGCUCAACUAUUCUACGCAAUCUACGGCCAUCCCAUCGAUGGCAAGCAAAUGUCUUAUUCCCUCAACGCGAGGCUCAUUCUAUCCUCUAUACUGUACUUGGGACUGGAUAAUCUAAUAGCUCUACUCAGAAAAAGAUUUCAAGCGGAUCCCGAAAAGAAAAAGCCGAAACGUAAACCGAAGCCAAAGCCGAAACCACCAUUAAAGUCUCCCUAUUUACAGGACAUGAUCGCCGUUUUGUAUACACCGCCGAAGAGAAAACCUUUUAAGCCAAAGCCUCUCCCAGAUUUGGAAGAUUUAAAUGAGCCGUACGAGGAGGAACCUCCGAUAGCAAAACCGCCCCCUCCACCUCCGCCACCGCCGCCACCAAAGAAGAGAAUACCUCGGUCCUACUGCGAUAAACUAGCUGGAAUCAUGAAUAUUGAACCUCAUUCAUCUAUAACCGCGGUCACCAUGAAAACCGUGACGCGAACGAGCAGACACCACAAGUCGCGAGGUGGUUCAAAAUUCAGUGUAACCGAAGUUAAAAAAACGUACGGGAUCAGUAUGAGUCGUCCGAAACAAAGCGGCAGCCGAAGAAGAAAGCUUAAUGCUCCCAACACUGGAAUAUGGAACGCUCAGUACAUGAUCACCGGCGUCUACAAAGUUCAUGGAAAGUCAGUGUUCGUUCUCGCCAACGUUACUAUAUUGCCAGCUAUGGGUGAAUUGAUACACGGAGGUUAUAGAUACAUAGGAGGUGAGUAUAUAAAUAUCCAUUGUGGUUUUCAAGGUCGCCCCCCACCCGCCAAGUCUCAACCCUGUGACUGCCUCCAAAAAUGGCAGGGAACAAUAUUUAGUUAUGUCAAAGAAACAAAAUGCCACUGUGGCCAUCACUUCGAUUAUGGUAACGAAGGAACAUUCGCACCAGAAGAGGUGCCCUUCUUCCAAAAACCUACGCGUCAUGGUCCUCACAAAUUCAAUUAUGAAACUAUCUACGAUUUGGACGAGAAGCAUCUUCACGUUGAGAAGGAGUUCAAAAGAAUUUGGGAGACAGAUAGCGCUCUGUGUGUCGAUCCAGGCUUGUUGGCAAAGAAAGAUAAAAAGAAGAAGAAAACUAAACGAUCUUCAGCUACGUGUUUGGGGCAAAAUCCAAAGCCGGAGGAUUAUUUGAAGUGUGCUUUACGACUCAUGAGAAAGAUCAACGUGGCGGCGAGACUGCCGGACGUACACCUCGUGCCAGAGUUGAAGGAGUGGAUGCGAUUCAGGAUUUUUGGACCGUUCACGCCGGAGGGGAGAAAGGAAAUGUUGCGUCAGAGUUCAGUGUAUUGGCAAACAUUCUUAACGUUAGCCGCGAGAGGUUAUGGCCACGUGGACGUCCCUAGAGACCCGUUAUACUCAGGUCUCACAACGUGGGUGCACAAGCAGAGUCUCAACGAUAAAUUCCGAAAGUUCACACAAAAAUACAAGUUGCAUUUGUACAGAUCACUUGCUGACGUCAAUAACAUGCUGUGGCCCACCAUGAACCAGGCUCAAUUUCCAGACAAAAAGUUUCGUGAGAUAUACUUUUCCUAUCUCUUUUCUCGAAUGGAAGACGUGCAAUUAAUGCACCCGUACAGUUCCAGAGAAACUCUGGAACGUAAAUUCAAUUUGGCAAGAAAGAGGUAUAUUUGUUUGCCAGCUGGAAUUGAAACGGACGAAUAA